GGUCGUAAAUGGUUUGUGAUAUUCUUUUAAUGGUGAAUUGAGCCUUACAAAUGAAGAAAGGUGUCGCUGUAAUGAUGGAGAAAAUAAGCUUUUCGAAGUUGGGAGGCAGGCAGGCCACCUGCUGAAUCUGAGCCAUUAGACAGCUACGGGUUGAGACAUUUUAUCAAAGAAACAAGUUGUUGAGUCUGCUCCCAAGAUCCAACGAAAUCAUUGCUUGCUUCCCCACUGACAUUCAUCAUCUAUAUAUCCUCUGCUUCAUCUCUCCAUUCUUCUAAAUUAAAGCUCACUUCUUCCACAGACAAGAAUAGAUCUUCGUUCUUGUAGUGAACAACACUCCAAAGCCAUGGCUUUUGCAGGCACAACCCAGAAAUGUAUGGCUUGUGAAAAAACCGUGUAUCUUGUCGACAAGCUGACUGCUGAUAACCGCAUCUACCACAAAGCCUGUUUCAGAUGCCACCAUUGCAAAGGCACUCUGAAGCUCAGCAACUACAAUUCCUUUGAGGGAGUGCUUUACUGUAGACCACACUUUGAUCAGAUUUUUAAGAGGACUGGCAGUCUUGACAAAAGCUUUGAAGGAACGCCGAAGAUCGUAAAACCAGAGAAACCAAUUGAUAGCGAGAGACCGACAGCGAACAAGGUUGCUAGCAAGUUUGGAGGAACCAGAGAUAAAUGUCUUGGUUGUGACAACACUGUUUAUCCUACAGAAAAGGUUACUGUGAAUGGAACUCCAUACCAUAAAAGUUGUUUCAAAUGCUGCCAUGGAGGAUGCACGAUCAGCCCUUCAAACUAUAUCGCUCAUGAGGGGCGACUUUACUGCAAGCACCACCAUAUCCAACUGAUCAAGGAGAAAGGAAACUUGAGUCAGCUUGAGGGAGACCAUGAAAAGAUAACAGCAAAGGAGAAAAUCAAUGGCGGAGAGGUGGUGGCUUCAGAAGCCUGAUUUUGCAGAAUCAAGCUUUAUCGGAAUCUGUUUUUCCUUUCAGGCAAAAUAUCUUAGUUUCCUCCUUUCCAACCCUUGUCCUUUUAAGGCUGUACACUAAAAGAAGUACUGGCAUCCAUUGCGUUUCGUGUUAAAAGUGUGUUUUUGGCCUGUCUGUUUCUCAAAUAUUCAAAUAACAUGCUCUAACAGAUGCCAAGAUCUGUUUGAUUUUCACCAUCUUUCGUCUCAAAGAAGUGUGGCAUGUUUGUAGAUUUGAAUCAAAUUCCUAUCAAUUCCAAUGGAUGCUUAUUAUUAUAA